UUAUAUUUAUAGUAAAAUCAUACGACACGCAAACGAACCAAACAAUGACUCACAAUCAAAGAUUCAAGAGUCAUAAAUUCCUCUUUCACGUUCAAUGAUCGUUCAAUUUUGCUCGGCCUUCCCUACCCGGUGCUCCCAUCGCCCAUGUCAAGCUCUAGCAGAUUUUCAUUCAGUUUUUCAAAUUCGGAGUGUCAUUGUGAACGUCAGUCGUGUUGUCAGUUUGAAUUUUAUUUUGUGAAUAUUGAAUAUUAAAUUUUAAAUUAAAUACAAUCAAACCAGAUUUAUUUCAAUUUUUCAAGUUAUAAAAAAUACCCAGAACAUGAGUGAGAAUAAGGAACAUAAAAAGGAAAUACGCGUGUGGUGUGAUGGAUGUUAUGAUAUGGUCCACUUUGGUCAUGCCAAUUCCCUAAGACAAGCCAAAGCUCUUGGUGAUGUCCUAAUAGUAGGUGUACACACAGAUGCCGAAAUUUCAAAACAUAAGGGUCCGCCAGUAUUUACGCAAGAGGAGAGAUACAAAAUGGUUCGUGCAAUAAAGUGGGUGGACCAAGUGGUGGAGGGAGCACCCUAUGUCACAACACUAGAAACAUUAGACAAAUACCAGUGUGAUUUUUGUGUGCAUGGAGAUGAUAUCACAGUCACAGCAGAUGGAAUUGAUACAUAUCACUUAGUGAAAGAGGCUGGGAGAUACAAAGAAGUAAUGCGAACAGCCGGUGUGUCUACUACAGAUCUAGUGGGAAGGAUGCUGCUACUCACUCGCGAGCAUUUCAAGAGAGGUGACAAAGAAUACACAGUAGCUCUAGAGCACUCGUCAAACCUCGGGACGGACUCAACCGCCCGGUCGCCAUACACUGGCUGCUCACAGUUCCUGCCUACUACACAGAAGAUUAUACAGUUCAGCAGUGGUCUCUCACCUAAACCUACCGAUAGAGUGGUCUACGUAGCGGGAGCGUUCGAUCUAUUCCACGUGGGGCAUUUGGAUUUCCUGGAGGCGGCGCACGGGCAAGGCGACUUCCUGAUCGUGGGUCUGCAUACAGACCUCGAAGUGAACCGCUACAAAGGAUCUAAUUAUCCCAUCAUGAACCUUCACGAACGGGUGCUCUCUGUGCUUGCCUGCAAGUACGUUCACGAAGUAGUGAUCGGCGCACCUUACAGUGUGACAGCAGAUCUGAUGGAUCACUUCAAAGUGCAAGUAGUAUGUCACGGCGUCACGCAGAUCCCGCUGGACAGAGAUGGUUCAGACCCAUACAAAGUUCCCAAACAACGAGGUUGUUUUAAGACACUGAAUUCUGGCAACACUAUGACCACAGAGGAUAUAGUACAACGAAUAAUUCGCCACAGACUUGAAUUCGAAGAGCGAAAUUCGCGCAAAGAGAAAAAGGAAGUCGCCGCAAUGAAAUCAGUGCAGAAGGAGCAUAUCAAACAAAAUGGUAACUGUGAAGGUGUUAAGGGGUAUGCGGCUUAAAGUCGAAUUUGUAUUUUAAUUUAAAUUUUAAAACAAUAUUAUAAAACGACAGAGUAAUGGAAAAAUAUGGAUGAAGAAAACUGUCAAUAAAAUCAAUAAAUAUCAAGCCAGGCCCAGUAUGACUUUUAUAGUUUUCGAAAACGUAAUUCGAUAACGAGUUCAUCUACAUCCAGCGGCAGCGCCGUAGUGAAAACUUUGUGAAUUAAAAAUUGGUUAUAAUGAAGAUGCACGAUUUUAAAACUAGGUGCUUUAGAUUAAUUACUCUUGAAAACAAUAAAAGUUUUCCAGAUUAUACUUAACUUGUACUAGUGUUGUGCGAAUGUCAUAAUAUUAUAGAUAAUGAAUAAUAAUACACAAUUAUUACAAGGAUUCAGGUGAUUCAGGUGAUGACGAGUAGCGUCGCAUAUGCAUUAAGAUGCAUUGUCACUGAAGCAAAGCUGAGCGAGAACGUGUCGAGUCUUUGACUAUUGAAUACGUUUCCGCUCCGCGUCAGUGGAAACACACCUUAAAACAGGUAUCUGCGAGAAAUAUCUUCAAAAAUCUUGGCGUCACUUAUGCAUAGUAUGCUAGACCAUUUAUUUUUUAAUUGACUUUUCUUUCGUCUAAUGAAGGUUCGUUCCACUGAAGCGGAGCUGAACAAAGCUGAGCAGAAACGUUUUCGACAAAUCAGAUUAUUGAGAGGUGGUUUGAUACGUGAUAAAAUUAUCAGGUCAUCUAACAACUUGGUCAGAUUGACAUCUAACAAACAGAUUGGUCUAUUGAACGCAUUUCCGCUCUGCUUCGCUUCAGUUGAAAUGCACCCUGUCUAACUUUUUCCUUACACAUACGUCUGUACAUAAAUUAUAUUAAAAAUCUUGUCACAGUAUGUACAGUACAUGUUUGUACAUGUUACUCUUAAAUGUUAUAAAUAUUAUAGUGAAUUAUAUAUUAAAAUUUACCUUUGAGAUUUCGGUUGUAACAAAACGUUGAUGCUAUCAAAAAUACUUCAGAUUUUCGGAUUCUCUUACCUAUGCGUUAUAUUUGAAUCGUGAUUUAGAUGUUUUGUAUACAAGGAACCAAAAGCUUAAUUUGCUAUAAUCCACUUAACCAGACAAAGCAUUCAACGUACUGGAGUAUCCUCAAUGCCUAAUUACAAAGAACUCUUUGCAAUUAGGCAUUGUAAGGUCUACAUCUCCUGAGGAUGCCUCAGGAGGCUCUCCGGUGUCGGGGCGAAACGUACGUCGAGUGGUUUGUCUGGUUUAGCGGAUUAUAUCAAACUAGCGA